GCACCGGGGAUCCUGUGCCUGGAGGAGAGCCGUGUGACUGGAGGGGGGCUCUUCUGCCUGUGGAUGUAUGUGACAGGACAGCGAUUUUUGCAGGCGAGCGUACGUGUGCUUGAACGUGUGCGUGAGAGACAGUGAGAGUGGGCAUGACAGUGUGUGUGUGUGUAGGGGAAACAGUGUCGUCGAUCAGCGACGGGCUCUUCGCAUUAUGAAGCCGACGGUGCUCAUCACACUUUGAAGACUGACUCAUCGAGACCAGGCUGUGGAGGCAGAAGAGACAAAAGAGAGGGAAAGACAGAUGGAUGAAAAGACAGGAAGGCAGUUUUAGGCUCUUGAUGCUUUGGGUCCCUCCAGACCAUCCAAGGGUCUAGUCUGUUUGUGGGACGCCAGUAGCUCCACAGUGGCCCCCCCUUGUUCCCCCACAAAUCGGAAUUGCAGACACAUACCCAGACAGGUAGCCAAAAUUGCCAGAAAAUCCCUGAAAGGAAAAUUCAAUCCCCAGCUGUCAUCAGACUUAAGGGAAGAUUCUAUUCAUUUCUGUUACACAGACUUGGAAAAGAGGAUCUUCUGUUUCACCGGGUCUUUUUUGCACUGGUCAUCGUUCCAUUUUAGGGGGUUUGCAGGAUCUUAUCCCGGAGAUAAGAGGCUGGCAAACAAAACGGGAUAGACACAGGCAUGGCUCGCCUCAACUGGUGCCUGGCUGCCGUCAUCAGCUGGGGCAAGUUUCUCUUUGCCUGCUUCUUUCCUCUGCGGGGGGCCAAACGAAACAAGCCUGAAGAGCUGGAGGGCGUCCACACACACACCUUCAAGCUUAAGCCAUUCAAGAAGGCCAAGAGCUGUGAUAUAUGCAAGCAGGCCAUCACCAAGGAAGGCCUCAUCUGUAAAGCGUGCCGGUUGUCCUGCCAUAAAAAAUGUGAAGUGAAGGUAAGACACGAAGCAUCUUCUACUCUUUAG